AUGGGAUUCAAGUUGAAUCAGAUUUCCAAUUUCUCUCGAAAGAAGGAUUAUUUGGAAAAAAAUGAUGAAAUUUUUAAACGUAUCUAUGAGUUGGUCCAACUACAGCAAUUUAGCAUUGAUUGCUUCGAGACGCUGAACAAAUUUAUCAAUCCUAUAUUAGUGCUGGGAGUAUUGGCUGUGAUCAUUGGCUGCAGCGCUUCGGGCUGUUUGAUGGUAAUGAAAUUUAACGAAGACUUAAAUGUCGCAAUGAAAAUGGGCCUGAUAUAUAGCUUGUGCUCAGAGUUUUUGUUCGUCGCUGCCUAUCCCUCGCAGAAAAUUUACGACGCUUGUAAUGAAAUUUUCGAUAACUGCUAUUGCACCGAUUGGUAUAGAUACUCAAUAAAGAACAGAAAAAUGAUAAAAUUGAUAAUGAUGAGGUCCAGCAGACAUUCCUGUAUUAGAAUUGGUCCGAGCAAAAUUUUGAAUUAUGAUAUGAGUCGAAAGAUUAUUCAAUUAUCGCUGUCGUACAUUGUUUCGUUGAUGUCUAUCUACAAACUUUAA